AUGUAUGGGGAAAAGGGAGAAUGGGGUUGCAGAACAAUUAUGGGUUUAGGGGUUGAGAUGAGGGUGCGAUGGUGGUUUUAUAACAGAAUGUGGCUCGGAUGUUUUUUUUGGGUUCGGUUGAUAGCGUGGGGUGUUGUAGUGAGGCUAGGUUUGGCUAUGAUGAAGCAAUAUUCUUGUCGUCGAUGGAGCAAUAGUGUAGUGGAGUUUGUGAAAUUCUUGAAUUGCAUAAUCAAGUGGAUCUGUAACAAUGUCGAAGAGCUCGAAGAUGCUUCAAUACAUCAAUUAUCGGAUGAGAGUUACCAUCCAGGACGGCCGUCAAUUGGUGGCAAGUUCAUGGCCUUCGACUGCCACAUGAACCUCGUCAUAGGAGAUUGCGAAGAGUUCCUGCAACUGCCUCCGGCGAAAGGCAAAAAGAACGAGGAGAGAGAGGAACGCCAUACUCUCGGCCUCGUACUCCUCAGGGGUGAAGAAGUCAUUUCAAUGACCGUCGAAGGUCCUUCUCCUCCUGACGUGUCUCGAGCCAUAGGCGCCGGUUCCGUUCCGUCUGGACCCGGUGUUGGUCGGGCCGCAGGCCGUGGCUUCCACAAUGGGCCACUUGUUCAGGCCCAACUUGGGUUAGAUGGGCCGCCACAGAUUUCUCGCCCGCCGAUGAGUUAUCCCCAACCGCCAGUUAUGCGGCCGCCGAACCAGAUGAGGGCCCCUUAUCCUGGCCAGGCGCCACGUCAAAUGCCUAGGGGCCUGCCGCCACCGCCUCAGUUUGCUCAGCGGCCGUUGGUUCCACCCCCUCAGAUGAUGAGGGGACCGCCUCCACGAUUUGGGAUGCCGCCUCCCCCGCACUUUGGUAUGAUGCCUCCACCGGGUGGUGGUAUUCGUUAUCCUGGCCAGGCGCCACCUCAAAUGCCUAGGGGCCUGCCGCCACCGCCUCAGUUUGCUCAGCGGCCAGGUGGGCCGCCACCUGGGUCAUACCCGAUGCCGCCUCAAUUUGCACAGAGGCCGAUGGUUCCACCCCCUCAGAUGAUGAGGGGACCGCCUCCACGAUUUGGGAUGCCGCCUCCCCCGCACUUUGGUAUGAUGCCUCCACCGGGUGGUGGUAUUCCAGUCUAUGGCCCGCCUCGUCCUGGGAUGCUACCUCCACCAAAUGCCCCUCCACAAAAUCAGCCACCGCAGCAGUGA